CAUGCCUGUACCGGUGCAACCAUAGCCUAUAUCCGUAUUCAAAUUCAGUAAUUUAAGUCGCGUUUAAUAAUGACAAGCUUGAUUAAUCGGUCAGUUGCGCUAUUAAAGAAGUACUCUAAUCAGGUUCGUAAGAAUACGUCUUUUCAAACUCUACGGACUUGCAAGUACCAUUACCCACCAGUCCGAUGUAUAAACACUCACACGAAUUUAUGUAAGAGCAGUCGGUUAGAUUCAUUGCCGAAAAAAAAGUCAAAUUUUCUUCAUUACAAGAGUCCCAUCACAUGGAGGAAUUUGGCGGUCACCAGUGUACUUGCAGGAGCUCUUGCAUUGUAUCUGUAUUAUUUGAAAAGAACGAAAACCCUUCAAUUAGAAAAAGAAAGAAGACGCGAGAUAGGAAAAGCUGCUAUCGGUGGGAAAUUUGAGCUAGUUGAUCCCAAUGGGAAACUAGUGAAAUCAGAUGACUUCUUGGGAAAAUGGGUUCUGAUCUACUUUGGGUUCACACACUGCCCUGAUGUGUGUCCGGAUGAACUUGAAAAGCUGGCAACAAUUGUUACUAACCUUGAAGAAAUUCAGAUUCAACAAACCCCAGUAUUGAUAAUUUUAGGGAAAUAUGUUAAAGAAUUCAACGAUAAAAUUAUUGGUCUUACUGGCACAUCGGAACAGGUUGCCAAAGCGUGCAAAGCUUAUAGAGUAUACUAUAGCAAUGGACCUAAGGACCAGGAUGCUGAUUACAUUGUUGACCACACAAUCAUCAUAUAUUUGGUGGACCCAGAUGGCUUAUUCGUGGAUUACUAUGGUCUGACCCACACAGCAGAGCAAAUUACUCAAAGUAUUGCUAUAAAUAAACUGAAAUUCGAUAGAUUCAAGAAUGAAUCUUGGCUUCCGUAGAAUAAACUGAAACGAAUCUAAGGAUGACUUAAUUCACUCCCGUAAUAUGCAUUUCUUCGUAGGUAGACAAUUUUUUAAUUAUUUCUAACAUGGUAUAAAAGUAAACUUUCAGAUUUUUGCAGCAG